UUGUGUCGUGAGUGUAGGUUGGACGCCCGAGUCUUGGCGGGUCGAUUCAAGUCGCGCGUUUGGCGAAAAACUUUUCUCGCCGACCGAAGCCGUUCGAAAAAGGCGUUAGUAAAGUCGCUUCGUCUGUGAGAUUGUCGCGACGUCCCUUGUGAUCUUGUGACCAUGAAGGAAGUGGGAGAGUGUCUCUUUUCGUAGCACACGCGUUCUGUGUCGCCAUCUGGCUUGUUAUUAAGAAGUGCAUAAAUGUAUAGAUGUAUGAAUUACUCGAAUAUUAGUGAUUCUCCUCUCGAGGCCGGGAAAGUUUGAAGCCUAAUAGAUUUAGUACUGAAAGGAAGGGGUUUUUGCCAUUCUGUUUCCACGAAUACAUACAUACAAAGGAAUUAUAAGUUUAUGAAAGUUACGUUGUUUUGUAAUGUACUGAAGCUUAGAAAAGCAACGCUAGAAGAGAGUCAACUUCGGGUCAUCCUAAGACAUAUAAAGGCAUCCGAAGAGGUCAUCUCUUUAAUGGAUGCUGUUCUCUCCGAAGUGGGAUGUCAUGGCCAGUCCUCGCCCACCUUCAAGAAAUGAUCCGAUUUCAUUACUGGUGUCCUGACACAUCAGCAAAGAGAGACAGAGACAGAGAGAGAGAAAGAAAGGGAAAUGCUGAAGUGGUGGAGACUGUCCACAACUCUUGAGGAAUCGACGAGUUCUUCCUUCGGGUGAUGGACUGAAGCCUCCUUCAGCCUCCUAAUCGCUUCGGUGACGUCGUAUCAGAAUCAAAAAUAUUAAUCUCAAAGCAGAAUCCUGCCAACAAGAAACGGGUUUAGAUUUGGAAAGUAAGGAGGGUAUAGAAGAUUUAAAUUUAAGAAAGGUUUAAGAUAGCGUUAUUAGAGCUUUAAAGAGGAUACAAUCACGACAAAAGAAACGAAAUCUCGUGGAGAACCCGGGAGGUGUAAAGGCAAUGCCACCAGACCGCGAGAAGACUCACAUGCCAACGAAGACCUGAGAGGAGGAGGAGAAGAAGAAGAAGAAGGAGAAGGAGGAGAUUUUGUUGACGCAAAGAGCAUCGUCUCUCCAUUAAUGAGAGCGUUAAGUGCUCUUCCCAUAAGGAGAAGAAAAUCAUAAGUGAUCUUACCUACGGCCGAGGGAAGACACACUCACACACACAACAUACGACACUUCUUCCCCAUUUUCCAGUUUUUUUGGUCUCCGUCUCCCUCUCUCUUCCUACCUCAAAGUGAUGAUGGCAGUGCAAUCGUUUCCCCGCCUCCUACCUCUCGUACUGCUUGUCACGUUGGGACCCGGAUCUAGCCCAAACAACUACGCCUCAGGUACCGACAGCCAAGGCAUCGCGUCGGAAGGCUACGGCAGCAUGACGGGCGCCUACUCGUCGUCGUCGACCUCGACCUUCCGACCUCACGAAAUCAAACUGGAGGACAAUGACGAGAAGCGUCUGCUGGACUCGUUGAUGCGAGGCUACGACCGGGAUGUCAGGCCGGUUCGGAACGCGUCUCAUCCCAUCGUCAUCAAGCUGAGUAUAACGCUCACGCAAAUCUUCGAUAUGGAUGAGAAAAAUCAAGUUCUUACAACGAAUGUCUGGCUGGACCAGGAAUGGAUAGACGAAUUACUACAGUGGGACCCUGCAGAUUACAACGGCCUGGGAACCAUACGAUUACCCUGCGAGAAGAUUUGGUUGCCGGAUAUUGUCCUCUAUAAUAAUGCUGACGACUACACACGCGGGUACAUGAGAAGCAAAGCGAUGGUGAGCCACGACGGGAAGGUCUUCUGGCCUCCGCCCACCAAGUUCCGAUCGACGUGCCCCGUCGACGUGACGUACUUCCCCUUCGACGACCAGACCUGUAUCCUCAAGCUGGGCUCGUGGAUAUACGAUGGGUUUCAGGUGGACGUCACCAACCGGACGGCGGAAGUGGACCUGACAAAUUACAUCCCAAAUGGCGAGUGGGAAUUGCUCGAGGCUCGAAUUAUAAGGAACGUCAUUUACUACUCCUGCUGCCCCGAGCCCUUCCCUGACGUCACCAUCACGAUAACGAUCAGACGUAAGACGUUAUACUACAUGUACAACGUGGUGCUGCCGUGCAUGAUGAUGUCGGUUCUGACGCUGCUCGUGUUCUGCCUGCCACCCGAUUCCGGCGAGAAAAUAGCCCUGGGCGUCACUGUGCUCCUGGCCUUCAGCGUCUUCAUGCUCGCCAUCGCUGAGAAGAUGCCAGAAACCUCCGAAUCCAUCCCGCUCAUCGGCAUCUACCUAACGGCCGUCAUGACCAUUACCUCCAUCAGCAUCAUCAUGACUGUCAUUGUCCUGAACUGCCAUUACAGAGGACCCAUACAGAGAGAAGUACCGCCGUGGAUGAAAAGGGUGUUCCUCCGCAGCGGCAAGAAAGAAAAGAAGAAGAACGGCGGCGCCAACAGCGGUGGCGGCCUGGGGGGAGGUCCCAGCCAGCACCUUCGCCAGUUUCGCUAGGGCUAAGAGGGGCAUCCUCAGCCGCGGCCUCAAGCGGCGUCGCACUCGCUCGAGCAAGGGCAGCGAGGAGGCCACCACCAUCACCCAUUCGCACAUCAACGCCCACGCCCACACGAGGGUGGUCACCACCGCCCUCUACGACGACUAC